GACCGGAGCCGCGGGCCUGUGAUCGACACAUCGCGCCGCGAGCCGCUCGGUACUGACUCCAGUGAAUCUGCGCGUCUUUCAGGAUGUCCAGCGGCGGCUUCGCGUCACAGAACGGCGCUGGAGGCUCGUACACGAACGGUCCGUCGCAGAACCCCGUGGGCGUUUACCCCUCUAAUCAGGGCUUCAUGGCUCCGCCCCUGCCGGGCUACAUGAACAGCCUGCCGACCAAAGGCCCUCCGCCGGCCGGACCCGGCUACUACAGCUCCAACCGGCACCAGCCUUCACCCGUGGGCACGCCCGCCGCUCUGCCCGCGUCACCCAGCCACAGGAUGGGCCCGCCACAGGCCUCGGCCACCCCGCCGCCCCCCAGCAGCUACUCCCAGCAUCCUCAGCAGCCCAGCAGCUGGAGCGGCGCCACACUGGCCCCUGCGGGGAACCACGUGAGCCCGGCUCCGUACGCCAGCGGAACCAGCACACCUCCCGUCUUCCAGAACACUAUGCAGCCUCCGGCAGCCCUGCAGCACGCUCCACCUGCGCUGAAUGUAAUGGCGCCCCAUCAGUCGUACGGCCCUCCGCCAGCGUUCGGACCGUCAGCAGCGAUGAGAGGAACACCGCCUCCCCCUGUCCCGCCGCCGCCUCUCGCCCCACACAGCGACGCAGGACUGUAUCCGGCUCAGCCUGCUCCGAUGAACCGGCCGACGGGCUCCUCCUACCCCUCUCUCCAGCCGGCCUAUCACAGUCCAGCACCGGCGCCGCAGCAGCAGCACUACCCGCAGGGUGUGUUGUCUGUCCAGCCGUCUGUCAGCGCCGCUCAGCUGAGUCCGUCUCUGGCGGCCAUGAGCCUGCAGUCGCAGCCGCCCGAGGCCCUGCGUGUGGUCAACCUGCUGCAGGAGCGCAGCCUCCUCCCCGCAGGAGCCGUGACGCCGCCCGCCCCGUGUCUGCCGCAGGACCUGCAGAAGCUCAACUGCAGCCCAGAGGUCUUCCGCUGCACUCUGACCAGCAUCCCUCAGACUCAGUCUCUGCUGAACAAAGCUAAGCUUCCCCUCGGCCUCCUGCUGCACCCGUUCAAAGACCUCUCCCAGCUACCCGUUGUGACCUCCAGUAAUAUCGUACGCUGUCGCUCUUGUCGGACGUACAUCAACCCGUUCGUGUCGUUCGUGGACGCCAGAAGAUGGAAGUGCAAUCUGUGUCAUCGAGUCAAUGAUGUUCCAGAGGAGUUCAUGUAUAAUCCGGUCAGCAGGUCAUACGGAGCGCCUCACAAAAGACCAGAGGUCCAGAACGCCACCAUCGAGUUCAUCGCCCCGUCAGAAUACAUGCUGAGGCCGCCGCAGCCCGCCGUCUACCUGUUCGUCCUGGACGUGUCUCACAACGCGGUGGAGACCGGAUAUCUGGAUGUCGUCUGCCAGUCUCUUCUUGACAACCUGGACUCGCUUCCCGGAGACACUCGGAUGAAAAUCGGCUUCAUCACGUUUGACAGCACCAUCCAUUUCUACAACCUCCAAGAAGGACUCUCGCAGCCGCAGAUGCUCAUCGUGUCAGACAUCGACGAUGUGUUCUUGCCCACUCCGGACAGCCUGUUGGUCAACCUGAACGAGUGCAGAGAGCUGGUCCAGGAUCUGCUGGCGAGUCUGCCGCAGAUGUUCAGCAGGACGAUGGAGACUCAGUCCGGUCUGGGUCCGGCGCUGCAGGCCGCGUUCAAGCUGCUGUCGCCCACCGGCGGACGCAUGUCUGUGUUCCAGACCCAGCUGCCCACCGUCGGCAUCGGAGCGCUCAAGCCCAGAGAGGAGCCCAACCAGAGAGCGCCUGCCAAGGACGUCCAGAAUCUCAGUCCUGCCACAGACUUCUAUAAGAAACUGGCUCUGGACUGUUCUGGUCAUCAUGUGGCGGUGGAUCUGUUCCUGCUGAGCGCUCAGUACUGCGAUCUGUCCUCUCUAGGUUGUAUAUCCAGAUACUCUGCAGGAAGUGUGUAUUUCUACCCCUCGUACCACAAGCAGCACAACCCGUCUCAGACGGAGCGCUUCCAGAAGGAUCUGAAGAGGUACCUGACGCGCAAGAUCGGCUUCGAGGCCGUCAUGAGGAUACGCUGCACCAAAGGUCUGUCCAUACACACGUUCCACGGGAACUUCUUUGUGCGCUCCACGGACCUGCUGUCUCUGGCCAACGUCAACCCCGACGCCGGCUUCGCCGUGCAGAUGUCCAUCGAGGAGAACCUGCUGGACCUGCAGGUGGUGUCCUUCCAGGCCGCGCUGCUCUACACGUCCAGCAAAGGCGAGAGGAGGAUUCGAGUGCACACGCUGUGUCUGCCGGUGGUCAACUCUCUGAGCGACAUCUUCGCCGGAGCCGAUGUUCAGGCCAUCGCCGCUCUCCUGGCCAGCAUGGCUGUGGAUCGCUCCGUGACGGCCAGUCUGGGCGACGCGCGGGACGCCCUGAUCAACGCGGCCAUCGACACGCUGGUGUCGUACCGCUCCUCGGUGCUGAGCGUCCAGCAGCCCGGUCUGCUGGCUCCCGCCUGCCUGCGUCUGUUCCCGCUCUACAUCCUGGCCCUGCUCAAACACAAAGCCUUCCGGACGAGCGCCGGCACCCGGCUGGACGAGCGCGUGUUUGCCAUGGGUCAGCUGAAGUGCCAGCCGCUGGCGUAUCUCAUGCUCAUGGUCCAUCCCAGCCUGUACCGAGUGGAUAACCUGAGUGACGAGGGGGCGCUGAACGUCAGUGACCGCACCAUCCCUCAGCCCAGAGCGCUGCAGCUGUCUGUGGAGAAACUGAGCCGGGACGCCGCCUUCCUCAUGGACUGCGGCACAGUCAUGUAUCUCUGGAUUGGACGAAACUGUAACCCAGUGUUCCUCACGCAGGUGCUGGGAGUGGACAGUUACGCUGCGGUUCCUCUCAACAUGAAUCAGCUCCCAGAGUUGGACACGGCAGAAUCAUCCCGGUUCCGAGCUUUGAUCGACUGGCUGAGAGAACGCCGGCCGUUCCACCCCGUCCUGCACGUCAUCAGAGACGAGAGUCCGCUGAAGGCUGAUUUCAUGCAGAACAUGAUCGAGGACCUCAGUGAAUCCGCUCUGUCGUACUACGAGUUCCUGCUGCACCUGCAACAGCAGAUCUGCAAGUGAUGGUCACACCGCAGCCGAGUCUCACACUACAGCCGUGAUGCCUGUGUUUGCACCGACACACACGUCACGUUCACGAGCGCUUCCCUCGCCUCGCCGUCAGUCUGUAUGAGGAUGUGUCUGAGCGCAGAUCAUUUCUAAUUUAUUGCCUUUUACUAAAAAAAAAUGAAAAUGUAGGAAAAAUUGUUUCUUAUGACUUUCUUACAACCUUUAUAAUGAGUGCUAUUCAGAUUUAGAGCUUCAUAAUUAGUGCUGUUCAUUCUCACACAUUUAUUCGUUUCAGUUUGUGUUCUUCAGUCAUUUGUUUUAAUUUAUGAGAGGCAAUUCAGUUGAGAUCGAUAUUUGCCUUCGGUGGGACUGGUGGAAAUGUGCUGGAGAGAUGCUGUGUGAGUCUGUCGUGUUUCACGUGGGCGAAUUCAGACACUCGACUCUGUGAUCUUCAAACAUUAUAGAAACAUGUAUAUUGAUAAACCUAUAUUAUAUAUCAAAAGAUUGUUAAUUUUAGUAAAAACAUUAUUCAGAUGAUGCGAGAUGAUAAAAAGAAAAAUAAACUGCUUGGGACUUUAAUUAUUUCUUUUCCCCGUGAAGAGAGAUUUUUAUGGACUGGUUAAUCUGACAGCAGAAUGAGCGACUGCAGAGAGACGUGGAAGAUGACUGUGAGCUUAAAGCUUGAAAUAUAAUCCAAAAUACAGAAUAUAUGUAGAGAUUCUUCAGAUCUCUCCGCAGAUAAUAGAUAAUUAUGUCAAAUGACUGGCUGUGAAUGAAGAACUGAUGAAGGAAGAGUAUAAGAACAAUAAUCUUCACGGUCUUGAUUAUGUUUGCAGACAUUUCUUGGGUAAUCAAGUUUAUCAUUCAGAGGGAUAUUUUUUUAGAUGAAUAAAAAAAGAAAUCCUCUCGUUUCCUCUCAGUUGUUAAGCUCAUUUUAGCACAACUGUGUUUUUGAGCAAUUUGUAAAUUCUCUGCAAUUUUGUACAUGUGAACUUUCUGAAGGAAUUAAAUGAUCAUUAAAGAGGAAGCCUCGCAUGACCUCUACUGAAUAA